AUGCUUGCCACGCUGCUGAAGUACGACAGCACGCACCGCCGCUUCCCCGGCACGGUCGAGCACGACGACGAGCACCUGAUCGUCAACGGCAAGAAGAUCAAGGCGACCGCCAUCCGCAACCCGGCCGAGUGCCCCUGGGGCGAGCUGGGAGCCGACGUGGUCGUCGAGUCGACCGGCGUGUUCGCCGCCCGCGCCGGUGGCGGUAAGCCGGGCUACGACACGCACCUCGAGGCGGGCGCCAAGAAGGUCGUUAUCAGCCAGCCCGCGAAGGACGGCGCCGACCUGACAUGCGUCAUGGGCGUGAAUGAUGACCAGCUCACUUCGGACAUGCAGUGCGUCUCCAACGCGAGCUGCACGACGAACUGCCUCGCGCCGUUCGCCAAGGUCUUGCACGAGUCGUUCGGCAUUGAGGACGGUCUGAUGACGACCAUCCACGCCUACACGAACGACCAGAACGUACAGGACCUGCCCCACAAGGACCCCUACCGGGCCCGUGCGGCGGCCGUGAACAUCAUCCCGACGAGCACCGGAGCGGCAAAGGCAGUCGGCCUCGUGAUCCCCGAGCUGCAGGGCAAGCUCACCGGCAUCGCGAUGCGGGUGCCGGUCGUGACCGGCUCGGUGGUCGACCUGACGGUCAACCUCGCCAAGAAGGCGAGCCCCGCCGAGGUGAACGCGGCGAUGAAGGCCGCCGCCGAGGGCCCGCUCAAGGGCAUCCUCUGCUACACCGAGGACCCGAUCGUCUCGAGCGACAUCAUCGGCGACCCCCACAGCUCGAUCUUCGCGGCGCCGUUCACCCAGGCGAUCGGCGACAGCAUGCUGAAGGUCGUCAGUUGGUACGACAACGAGUGGGGCUACAGCUGCCGCACCGUCGACCUGAUCUCGAAGAUCGAAUACUGGCCGAUCAUCGUCGCGGGCAUCGCCGCGGGCCUGAUCAUGAAGAUCAUGGCGGGCGGCCCGAGAGCGAGCUACCUGCGUGGCGGCCUAGCGGCCGUGGCGACGGUCGCUUCGCUGAUCGGCGGACAGAUGGCCGCCGCGAAGGUGAUCCAGAGCAAAGGCGUCACCGUCGCUAGCGCCGCGGCACCGAAGGCGGCAGCGGCCGACGGCGCGGCCGAUGGCGCGGCCGAGAUCCCCGUGGCCGAAGCCCCGGUUCUCGAAGGGCCAUUGCUUCCCGAGGCCGGCCUGCCACCCGCGACGAUGGGCAAAGGCCGGCAGUCGGACGUCAAUCCGCUCGACAUCGGUUUCUUGGUCGUCGGUUGCUUGGUGGCGUACCAGCUCGGCAAGGGCGCCAAGGGCGCCGCAGCGCCGGCCGAGGCCCCCGCCGAGGAAGCCGAGACGGCCGGCGAACCGGCCGCUGACGAAGCCGCUUCGGCGGAUGCCGAGUGUCACACUGGCGGCCGCGUCGUUGUCGUUGGAGGUGACGCGCGUCGGUAUCGUGAGGGUAACUCGACCGCACGCGGCGGCGAGGCCCCUUCACGCCGACUCGCCAUGGCGUCCGCAACCGCUCCCCAGCCGCUGCUGCCCAAUCUCGGAGACCCCGAGGACUGGGUCGAUCAGCACGGCGACGCGCUUCUCCGCUUCGCCCUGGUGCGGGUGGGCGACGUCGCGACGGCCGAGGACCUCGUCCAAGAAACGCUGCUCUCCGCUUGGCGGGGCAGAGAUUCGUUCGACGGCGGCUGCGAACCGCGGACCUGGCUCAUAACUAUCAUGCGCCGGCGGAUCGCCGACCACUUCCGCCGGGUUGGUCGGAGGCCGAAGGCGGUCGAACAACCCGUCGACGAGAGGGGGCAGGCCCCCGCCCGUGGCGACUCUCGGCCGACCGACGCCACCGCCGAAGACGCGGAGUUCUGGUCGGUCGUGUCACGCUGCACGAGCGACCUCCCCGAACACCUGGCCCGGGCGUUCCGCCUGCGGACCUUCGGCGACGAGGCCCCCACCGAGAUCUGCGACGCCGCAGUGCCUGGAACGCCGCUGGUUCGGCGAGGGCUCGUCGGAGGGCUCGUUCCGUUGAAACGGCCCCUGCGUGGCUGGCGGCUGCUGCUCUUCGCACGCUGCGAGCACGCACGACACAUCGAAUCCGACGAGUGGGACGGCCCCGUCAAGCGCGACCGCUGGUGGGCCGCCCGCCUGCACCGCCUGUCGUGCGGCCCCUGCCGACGGAGCAACCGCGGAAUGCGUUGGCUACGCCGAAUGCUGGGGGCCGCUCCACGAGCGUUCCGCCAGGAGCAGUUGCAGGCCGCCGACGCCGUGCUGUCAGCCGCGGCGGCAGAGAAGAUCCGUCGUUCGCUCGCAAGAGCCCGAAGCGAGUCCGAAGACUACCGAUAG